ACCUCCCACCACAGGAGACUGGGGGGCUUCCAUCUUUCUGGAUUUCCUAUCAUUUCACGGAUAUUUGUGCAAAAAGAAGAUACGAAAAUUAUUUGGGGGUUGGAAUUAUUACACUCUCUAACUUGACUGGAUUCUUAACCGGGAAAUCUUAGUAAAAGCCAAAGGUCAGAUGUCUCAUCUGCUAAAUUAUCUGAGAGGCUGAAGACUUAAAGGAGUAAAAAGAAAAAAAAAAUGGAUCAAAACCUGUUUGGAGGAGCCCCCAGGUUCCUCACCCGUCCAAAGGCUUUCACAGUGGGUGUAGGGAAGGAUGCCACACUCAGCUGCACUGUUGUUGGCAGCCCAACUCCUAUAAUCACCUGGGAAAAGGACAAGCUUAAGCUUUCGUCCGGGGGCCGUUUCAAGACUGUGGAGGAUGGAGACAUCUACCGUUUGACCAUCUACGACCUCACACUGGAGGACAGUGGUCAAUAUAUGUGCCGAGCCAAAAACAGCGUUGGGGAAGCUUAUGCUGCUGUGACCUUGAAGGUGGCCCUCCCAACAGAGAUGUCUCAGAGGGCCCCAGUUUUCAUGGUGAAGCCAGCUUCCACACGUGUGGCUCUAGGAGGAGAUAUUGUUUUCCAAUGCCGAGUUGUGGCUCACCCAGAGGCCAACUUUGAGUGGGAGAAGGACGGACGUUACCUAGGUGAGACAAACCGCAUCAAGAUCAUGUCAGACAGCGACAGCAGCACCUUAAAGAUCCAAGGUGUGCGCAACCUGGAUAGUGGUACCUACAUCUGCAGGGCCCAGAACUCUGUGGGGCGCGCCCAGGCUGCUGCUGCUCUGGUGGUGGAUGCUCAGGAUGCCCGCCACAUGUCUGCAGACAAAAGCACCUCUCUCCUUUCUCAUAUGCAAAAGCGCAAAGAGGAAAUGAAGAAGGACAUCUCCAUCUACCGCACUGAGGAAAACAGCUCCCUCUCCACAGCCAAAAUAACCAAUGCCCUGAAUACUGUGAGUCUGGAGCAUGAGCUGAGGGCUUCAGCACUGGCAAGUCUACCUAAAGGUGUAUUCACCCGCACCUGCACGGUCACUGAGGGCAAACACGCCAAACUUAGCUGCUUUGUGACAGGUCACCCCAAACCACACAUCAUCUGGAGAAAGGAUGGGCUGAACAUCAGCGAGGGACGCAGGCACGUCAUUUAUGAGGACCAAGCCGAGAACUUCAUCCUCAAGAUCCUGUACUGCAAGCAGAACGAUAAUGGUCUCUAUACGUGCAAUGCAACCAAUAUGGCAGGGCAGACAUAUAGUGCUGUACUGGUUACAGUGAAAGAGCCAAAAGUUCCAUUUAAGAGGAAGCUACAGGAUGUGGAGGUACAAGAGAAGGCCUCAGCCACACUCCUGUGUGAGGUGCCCCUUAAUGCCACCCAAACCAGUUGGUUCAUGGAGGAAACCAUGCUGGAGCAAAACAUCAAAUAUCGCAUGGACGAGCAAGGGACGCUGCGUCGCCUCACCAUACAUAAUGUCACCACGAAUGAUGAUGGAGUUUAUAUCUGUGAGAUGAAAGAAGGCAGCCGCACUGUGGCUGAGCUCACUGUCCUGGGUAAUAUCACAAAGAAGCUUCCUCGGAGAACAAUCGUUCCUGUCAGUGACACGGUCAUCUUCUGUGUUGAGCUGGAGCAUCCUUGUCCAGAUGCCCAUUGGACUCGCAAUGGCGAGAAACUGAAGGAAGAUUCACGUACUUCGAUUGCCUGUGUACUUAGACAGUACACAUUAACAAUUAAAGACUGCCAGGCUGAUGAUUCUGGAGAAGUGGCCUUCAUAGCUGGAGAUUGUAAGACUUCAACACGAUUCUCUGUCACUGCUCCCAGGAAACAUCCCCCUGAUCCCCCAGUCGAUGCUGUGGUGCAGAACAAGACUGACUCAUCCAUCACCAUUCAGUGGUCUCCCCCUGACAGUGACCGCCCUGUACCCAUUAAUGGGUACAUCGUGGAGAAGAGAAAGGUUGGUGCUUCCACCUGGCAGAGGUGCAAUGCUGGAGAAAUCCUCACAACAACAGAGAUCACCAUACGCAGUUUUGCAGAGGAAGCUAGCUACCAGUUCCGAAUUUCUGCCACAAAUGCUUUUGGUCAGAGUCCCUAUUUGGAAGUACCUGGUAGUUUUUACCUUGAGCCCACUGCUGAAAUCAGGAAAGGUCUGAUGAACAGUACUGCAGUCUUUGGAGAGGAGUUCUCCAUCUCUGUCGAGCUGUCAGCUGCUUGCUCAGGCUUCUGGUCCCUAAAUGGACGUCUUCUGCGGAGUGGAUCAGAGUACCUUAUCACCAGGUCCAAGAAUAUACACACAUUACUCAUUCGUGUUGUGACGAUGGAAAUGAAUGGAGUCGAAAUCAAGUUUGUGGGUGGAGGUUCCCAGAGCAGUUGCAUCCUUUCUGUGAAGGCACCCUCUAUCAAGUUCACCAACAAGUCUGACCAUCCAGAGGUUGUGACCUGCAGCGUCCAAGAGACAGCUCAGCUGAGUGCUGAGGUGUCAGACUAUGAGACUCAGGUGGCUUGGAUGAGGAAUGGGCGAGAGGUGAAAAUGGGGAAGAAGUAUGAAUCAGUUAUACAAGAACGCAAGAGGAUACUGAUAGUUCACAAUGUUACAGAAGAAGAUGUGGGCCUUUAUGAGUGUGUCUUAGCUGAUGACCGGAUGUCCUUUCAGCUCACAUUGAAAGAUGAGCCUGCCAAAUUUCUCAAUAAAGCCAGGGGCCCCAUGGGAAUGUCAUCCUCCCUUAGAGGAGACCUUGAGCUGAGUUGUGAGGUAUCUUCUGCGAGUGCUGCUGUUAUUUGGAAAAAGGAUAAAGUGGAGAUUAGUGAGGACCAAAGAACAACCAUAAUCUCCAAAGGGACCCAAAGGAAACUCAUUAUUAAGAGCGCCAAGAAAAUCGAUGAAGGAUAUUAUUCAUGUGAGACAGCAGCUGACAAAGUCACAUUCCAUGUAAAGAUAAAAGAGUCCCAAGCAGCAGCUGUAUUCUCCAAUAAGGAAUUAGUUCAGACAGAGAUCAAAGCCAUCCUUACCCAGAGAGCAACGCUGAGCUGCAAAGUGGCAGAUACCAAGACGGAGGUGAAAUGGUACAAAGAUGGAAAGCUACUGGAGUCGAGUAGGAGAAUAUACUGGGAGGCAAAAGGCACCACUCGUCAGCUGGUGAUUGAAAAUAUAGAGAAGAGUGAUGCUGGAGAGUACACAUGUGAAGCUGGAGGGGAAAAGCUGGUUUUCAAGAUAUUUGUAUCUGAUGCCCAGUCGGUUUUCUCAAACAAGCAGUCGGUCCUGAAUGAUGUUAAAGCCGCUGUGUCUCAGAAAGCCACACUCAGUUGUGAAGUGUCUGACACGAAGACAGAGGUUAAAUGGUACAAAGAUGGAAAGCUUCUCACUUCUAGCAGGACGGUACAUACAGAGUCAAAAGGAAAAAGUCGCCAGCUGAUGAUAGAGAGCCUGGAGAUUAAAGAUGCUGGAGAGUACAUCUGUGAGGCUGGUUCUGAAAAGCUUGUCUUCAAACUGCAAGUGGAAGACAUUCAAGUUCAGUCUGCCUUCUUCAAAAAGGAGUCUGUUCAGAAAGAAGUGAAAGCCACCCUUUCCCAAAGAGCCAUACUUAGCUGUGAGGUUGCUGACAGCAAGACAGAGGUGAAAUGGUUCAAGGAUGGCAAGCAGCUGACAUCCAGCAAAACAAUCCACACAGAAUCCAAAGGCAAGAGCCGUCAGCUGGUGAUAGACAGCAUGGAGAGAAAAGAUGCUGGAGAAUACAUCUGUGAGGCUGGAACAGAAAAAAUGGCCUUUAAGAUACAUGUUGAAGAAAUCCAACAUAAAUCAGCCUUCUCCAACAAAGAGUCGGUCCAAAAAGAGGUGAAAGCCUCUCUGUCGCAGAAAACCACACUGAGCUGCGAAGUUGCUGAUGCAAAGACUGAGGUGAAAUGGUACAAGGAUGGUAAGCUGGUCACAUCCAGCAAGACCAUACAUGUAGAUGCAAAGAGCAGAGUUCGCCAGCUGGUGAUUGACAGCGUAGAGAGAACGGAUGCUGGAGAAUACAUCUGUCAGGCUGGGACUGAAAAGUUGGUCUUUAGGGUUCAUGUGGCAGAGCCUCCAGCUGUUUUCUCCAACAAGGACUCAGUCCAGAGAGAAGUAAAAGCUGCUCUCUCUCAGAAAGCCACUCUGAGUUGUUCCGUUUCAGACUCUAAGAUGGAGGUGAAGUGGUUCAAGGAUGGGAAGCUUCUGACCUCCAGUAAGGGGAUCCUCAUUGAGUCGAGGGGAACAACUCGUGAGCUGGUAAUAGAAAAAAUGGAAAAGAAGGAUGCAGGGGAAUACAGCUGUGAAGCUGGAAAUGAGAAGCUGGUAUUUAAGCUCCACUUGACAGAUGUGGCUGUCAAGUUCAAGACCAAGCCUGCCAAGGAUACAGUUAUCAUUGAAGCAAAUGAAAAUAUAGUUUUAAGAACUGAACUGACCACAGAGGCUGGAAGUGUGAAGUGGUUAAGAGAUGGUGUAGAGCUAAAGGAGAGCAGCAAGUAUGAAAUACGAAAAGAUGGGCUUUCACGCACUUUGAUAGUGAAAUCAGCAGAGACCAAAGACUGUGGAACAUAUUCCUGUCAAACUUCCAAUGACAAAGUGGAAUUCAAAGUUCAGGUUAAAGAUUCAGCUUUGAAGUUUGUUGUUCCUUUGAAACCUGCUACGGUGGAGUUAGGAGGAACUCUUAGCCUAAUUUGUGAGCUAAAUCAGGUCUCAGGGGAUGUUGUCUGGCAGCAUGAGGGGCAUGAAAUUAAACCUGGAAACAGGCACUGUGUCAGAACAGAUGGAGCAAAAAGGGUCCUCACUGUGACGGCGGUUACUAAAGAAGAUGAAGGAGAAUACAGCUGUGUGUGUAAGACUGACAAGACAUCUGCUAAAGUAUUGUCUAAAGCUCCAAGACUUGUGAGGUUAACCACUAAACUGAACAAUGUUGCCGCAAUGGAGGGAAAGGAUGCCAUUUUCAAAUGUGCCGUCACCCCGGCUGACGUGAAAGUCAAGUGGUUCCACAACAACAUGCCCAUCACUGCUGGGCCCAAGUACAAACCUGAGCAUGGAGGAGGGAGCUACUCACUUACCAUUACAUCGGUCACACAGAAAGAUGCAGGAGAAAUAAGUGUGGAUGCAGAAGGCAAAAGCUGCAAAGCAACUCUUCAAGUGCAGCGUGAACCUGUCGUGUUUAAGAAAAAGCUGGAAAACCUGACAGUGGAGGAAGAAAGAGAAGUAAAACUGGAAGUGGUGCUCAGUAAGCCUUCAGAUGAAGUCAAGUGGAUGAAGAACAGUGUCGUACUGCAGCCUGAAGGAAACAUAGAGAUUAGAGUUGAAGGCAUGAAGCAGACCCUGCUUUUCAAGAAAGUAACGUAUUCUGAUCGCGGCAUAUACUCUUGUGAGACUCUGGAUGACAAGACCCAGGCAAAGCUCACUGUUGAGAUGAAGAAGAUUCAGUUAAUAAAACCACUAACAGAAACUAAAGCUCAUGAAACGGAGACAGUAACACUUGAAGUGGAGCUGAGUCAGGCUGAUGUUGAAGGCUCGUGGACCAGAGAUGGGGCCAAGUUAAAGUCAGGAGCAAACUGCCGCAUCACAACUCUAGGGAAGAAGCACACCCUGACACUUUCCAAUCUGAAACGGGAGGAUGCUGGGAUGAUUUCCUUUCAGGCAGAAGGAGUCCAUACUUCAAGCAAACUGAUUGUCACAGAACCUCCUGCUCUGAUCUCCAAACCUAUCAUGGACAUCAAUGUUCCUGAGAAGGAGAAGGCAACUUUUGAAUGUGAAGUGUCUAGAAACAAUGCAGAAGUUAAAUGGUUCAAGGAUGAUGUUGAACUGAAGCCAGGAAAGAACUUUGCUCUUCAUUCCUUGGGCCGAAAGCGAACAUUAGUCAUCAACAAAUGUACACCUGAAGAUGGAGGAACUUAUAUCUGUCGGACUGCCGAUGAUAACACCUCUGCUAAGCUCACUGUUCAUGCCAGAGACAUCAAGAUUAUUAAGAAACUAGAGGAUGUAGAGGCUGUGGAAAAGGAGAGCGCUUCUUUUACCUGUGAAAUCUCUCAUGAUGAUGUGGAGUGCAAUUGGUUCAGAGGAAAUACCAAAAUAAAAGCCAACGACAACAUCAAGAUGAGACAAGAGGGUAGGACUUAUGUACUGCUCUUUAAGUCUGUGACGCCUGAAGACAUGGGUGAAAUUAGAUUUUCAGCUGAAAAAGCUUGUUCAACUGCAAAACUUAAAGUCAAAGAGCUUCCUGUGAAGUUUGUGAAGAAACUCAGAGAUAAGAUUGCCAUGUAUAAGCACCGCGUACAUCUUGAGUGCCAAGUUUCACGUGUCAGUGCAAAGGUGAAGUGGUUCAAAAACAAGAUGGAGAUCAAACCCAGCAAGAAGUAUGAUAUCAAAAGUGAAGAUGUGUACCGUAAGCUCACCAUCAACGACGUGGACUCUCAUGACGAAGACAUGUAUACCUGUGACGCUGAAGAUGACAAGACAUCCUGUAAACUUCUCGUGGAAGAGCAGUCCAUCAGUAUUGUGCGGGAACUCGCCGCUGUUGAAGUAACAGAGCCCUUUGCAGCUGUUUUUGAAAUUGAAGUCAGUGUGGAAUUAGUGAAGCCUCCCAUUUGGACUUUGAAUGGAGUUCCUGUGCAGGAGGGUGCUGACGUUGAGAUGGAGAAAGAAGGCACCAUGCACCGUCUCACUUUUAAAAAGACCAAAGCAUCAAUGACCGGGCCUGUGCAGUUCACUGCAGGAAAGAGCAAAUCUGUUGCUCAGCUCAAAGUCAAAGAGCGUCCACUUGAGAUUAUAGAGCAUAUUAAAGAUGUAAAAGCAAAGGAAAAAAGCUGUGCAUUGCUCUCUUGCAAAUUUUCCGCUGCACCUAAAGAGGUGAGGUGGUUCAAGGGACAGGUUCCUCUGGCAGCAUCAGAUAAAUACACCCUAAAGCAGGAUGCUACGAGGGCUCAACUUACUAUUCAAAAGUUGACUGAAGAAGACAGUGGGGAGUAUCGCUGUCAAUCAGGCCCUGCUGAAACCAAAGGGACUCUAACUGUUGAAGUCCGGGACAUAAAGAUCACCAAACACCUGGUUAAUACAGAGGUUGACGAAGACAGCGAUGCAACAUUCACAUGUGAAAUUAACUAUACUGAUGAAGACGCACAGUGGCUCCUGAAUGAGAAGGUGCUAUUCACCAAUGAAGUGAACACCAUCACACAUGAGGGCAUGGUCCACAAGCUCACCCUGAAAAACCUGGCACCUCAGGAUGGGGGCACUAUCACCUUUCAAGUGCGUAAAGUGAAAGAAUCUGCAGAGCUGAAGGUUAAAGAGAAACGAGCCGUUUUCCUUAAGUCGCUAGAUGAUGUCACGGGAGAGGAGAAAGGCAUGAUAACUUUGGCAUGUGAAGCAAACAAACCAAGGGUUUCCCCAGUAUGGAGAAAAGAAGGUAAAGUCUUAAAAGCUGGAUCAAAAUAUGAGCUCCUUCACACAGGAAAGUCUUUGGGACUGAUCAUUAAGGAUGUCACCAAAGAAGAUGCUGGAGAGUACAGUUGUGAUCUUGGCACAGAGGUCACUAAGUCAAAGGUCACUGUAAGAGAAAUUGGUAUUGGUAUCACCAAGAAACUGAAAUCCGUUGAGGUGAAUGAAGGAGACGCAUGCAGCUUUGAAUGCAUUCUGUCACGUGAGAGCAUUGAUGACUGCUUGUGGUUAGUCAAUGGUAAACCGGUUACAAACGGAGGUCGCUUUAAGAUCACAAGUCAGGGACGCAAGUACAUGCUGACUGUGAAGGAUGUCACCCCUGCUGAUGCGGGAGAGGUGGUCUUUAGCAUUAAAGACCUGAACUCCAAAGCAACACUAAAAGUGGAAGGAAAAGCAUCAUCCCUUUCAAACGGACUUCAAAAUGUAUCUGUUGUUUGUGGUGAAGAUGCAGUUUUUACCUGUGAGGUGACCCAUGCUAAUUCUAAUGUAAAGUGGGCCAAGGACGGUAAAUCCAUCAGAACAAGUAUGAAGUAUGAGAUCAGUCAACAGGAAAAGGUCAUGAAGCUGACCAUACACAAUGUGUCUGCUGGAGAUUCUGGAGAGUACAGCUGUGAAGUUGUUGGAGGUGCAACCACACGAGCUAAACUGGAAAUUAAGGAACCGGUCCAUAAGUUCACUAAAGUGCUUGAGGACAUCGAAGCAGAUGAAAAGAGCUCUGUGACCUUGCGCUGUGAAACAGCCCAAUCGCCAUCCAUGGUGACAUGGCUGAAAGGCCACACAGAACUGAGAGCUGGAGGUCAAUACGAGAUGUCCCAGAAGGAGAGAGUCCUGACUCUCAUUAUUAAACAGCUGGGCGAGGCAGAUACUGACAUCUAUACAUGUGACGUGGGCACUGCUAAGAGCAUGGCAAAGUUGACUGUGAAAGCAUUGCCAACAACAAUUGUGAAACAUUUGGAGAGCCAGGAGGCUGAAGAAGGAGCCAGUGUUUCUCUGCAUUGUGAGCUCUCCAAACCUGGAGUCCCUGUGGAGUGGAAGAAGGGAACACAGGUCCUGAAGUCUGGAGAGAAGUACCAGAUGAAGCAGAAGGCCUCUGUGAAUGAACUCAUUAUCACCAAAGUAGUGCCAGAAGACAGUGGAGAGUACAGCUGUGUGUGUGGAGACCAGAAGACCACAGCCAGCCUGAAGAUCAAGGCACAACCAGUGACGUUCAAGCAGAAGUUGGAGAGCCAGGAGGCUGAAGAAGGAGCCAGUGUUUCUCUGCAUUGUGAGCUCUCCAAACCUGGAGUCCCUGUGGAGUGGAAGAAGGGAACACAGGUCCUGAAGUCUGGAGAGAAGUACCAGAUGAAGCAGAAGGCCUCUGUGAAUGAACUCAUUAUCACCAAAGUAGAGCCAGAAGACAGUGGAGAGUACAGCUGUGUGUGUGGAGACCAGAAGACCACAGCCAGCCUGAAGAUUAAGGCUGUAAAGCUGUCUUCACCUCCUUUAGCUACUAACACAGAACUCAAGAAGCAGGAGACCACAGACAAAACCAAAGCCUCCCCAGUUAUUUUCACAAGGCAUCUGGAAAGCCAAAUUGUGGAAGAGGGUCAGAGUGUCACCUUUUACUGUGAGCUUUCCAAAUUGGGAGUUUCUUUGGAGUGGAAAAAAGGAGAACUUGGCCUUUGUCCUUGUGGCAAAUAUGAAAUUAAACAAACGGAGAACAUGGCUAUGCUAAUAAUCCAUAAUGUUGAACCAGAGGACUCUGGAAGUUACACUUGUGACACUGGUGAAAGUCAAAGCACUGCAAAGCUAGAUGUGAAGGCCAAACCUGUCCUUUUCAAAACUAAGCUUCAAAACCUUGAAAGGCAGGAAGGAGAGUCUGUUAGCUUUUGUUGUGAGAUCACCAAACCAGGAGCUAGUGUGAUAUGGAGGUGUGGUGACACGAUGCUGACAGCAAGUCACAAAUAUCAGCUAAAGCAGGAUGGGACUAUGGUAGAACUUGUUAUCUAUAAACUUCAGGGAAGCGAUGCAGGAGAGUACUCCUGUGAUACAGGCUUCCAGAAGACUUCAGCGAUCCUUUGUGUGAAUGCCAUUGACAUUCUCAUCGUGAAGUUCUUGGACAGCUGCGUUGUUAAUGAGGGGGAAGAUGUCCACUUCCAGUGUCAGCUUUCUCACGCGGAAACUCCACAGAUCCAGUGGAAACUCAACGGAGUCCCGCUGCAAAAUAACGAAAUGAAUCUCAUAAAGUCUGAGGGCCGAGUGCACAGCCUCACACUCAGAGGCGUCACAGCGGUCGACUCUGGAACAGUCACUUUCACUGUGGGAAACCACACCUCCACUGCUUCUCUCACAGUCAGAGCGGCACCAAUAUUCUUUAAAAAGAAACUGGAAAACCGAGAGACCAAAGAGGGAGAAGAGACCACUCUGUCAUGUGAGACAUCCAGUCCUGACUGUAAGGUGACAUGGCGGAAAGGCUCAACUGUCCUCUCUCAGGGGGAGAAGUACACCAUUCAGCAGAGAGCUACCAUUCACAGCCUGGUGAUACACAAGCUGGUCAAGGAAGAUAGUGGUGAAUAUACCUGUGAUACAGGAGAAACGAAAAGCAGCGCCACACUAACUGUAAAAGAGAAUGUCCGCAUUGUCCGUGAGCUCCUCGAUGUCACGGUGACCACUGGCCAGGACGCCAUCUUUGAAGUCGAGCUGUCACACUCAGGUGUGACUAACGGGGAAUGGUGGCUUGGAGACAACCUCCUUCAAAAUAACGAUCUCAAUCAAAUGAGUGUUCAGGGUAGAACUCAGCGACUGACUUUGAAGAUGGUAACCACAGAUGAAUCAGGGGAUGUUGCCUUUGUCAUUGGUGAGGAGAAGAGUGUGGCUUGCCUUCUGGUGGAGGAGAAACCCAAAGUCGUAAUAUUAGAGAAACCUCAAAACACCACAGCAGUGGAGGGUGAAACAGUCACAUUUAGCUGCUGCAUCUCCAACUCCAAUGCCUCUGUCACUUGGAUGAGGAACAAUGUGCCAAUCCAAGCAGGAAUCAAGUAUGAUCUGAGGAAGAAUGGUGCAGUACAUCAGCUUCGAAUCCACAACUUGUUGCCCGAGGACUCAGGAAAAUACCUGUGUGACACUGGGGAUGCACAAUGUGAGGUCACUUUAACUGUGCAAGGUGCCCCAGUGUUCUUCCAAAAAGAGCUCAAGAACCAGGAAACCAUCGAGGGUGAUGAUAUCACCCUGCACUGUGAGGUGUCUAAGCCAGGUGUUCGAGUUGAGUGGCGGAAAGGAGGCAUUGUCCUCCGGCCUAGUAAGAAGUAUGAGAUAAAGCAGGAGGGGUGCAUUCAAGAGCUCUGUAUUCAUAACCUGGAAUCCGAAGACAGUGGUUACUACACUUGUGAUGCAGGAGAACAGCUCACUACAGCUUCUUUGGCAGUAAAAGUGAAAGAAGUCUUCAUUGUUACUGGUCUUAAAACCACUGAUGUCUUUGUUGGGGAAUUGGCAACAUUCUCCUGCCAGCUGUCUGGAAGGGCGCCUGGUAAGGUGCAGUGGUGGCUGGAUGGCACCUUGUUGGAGAACAGCCCCUGUAUUAAAAUAGGGGUGGAACAAGGCUUUAUCCAUACACUCACCUUUAUGAACCUGGCUACGGACGACUCGGGCACUGUCACAUUCAAAGUGGGCAACUUAACCUCAUCUGCCAAGCUCUUAGUCAAAGAUCCCACAGUUGAGGUGGUGAACGACAUGGAGGACCUUUGGGUGGUUGAAAACCAACAAGCUGAGUUCAUCUGCCAGUUUUCCAGGCCAGUAAAAGCUCAGUGGAGAAAAGAUGGGCAGCUUUUGCAGCCUGAUGGCCGAAGGGUGGUAGUGGAGCAGGACUGGAGUGUCGCUCGCUUGUUCAUUAACCGUGUUUCCCGUGAUGACAUGGGGACGUAUUCCUGUGAGGCAGAGGGUACCUGUGGGGUCGCUUCACUUCAUGUGGAAGCCAAACCAAUUAACAUCGUCCAGGGCCUAGAAAAUGCAGAAACGUUUGAUGGGGGAGAAGCGUUGUUUGAGUGUGCCCUCUCUCGCCCUGAGAGCAAAGACUGCAACUGGCUUCUAGAUGGAAAGCCAGUGAAGGAGUCACCUAAAGCAGAGAUUGUGUCCUUUGAAAGUGGUCGUCGCCAUCUGUUGCUCUUGAAAGAUCUGCAUGAGAAAGACAGUUGCACAGUGACAUUUAAAGCUGGUACAGCUUCCACCUCUGCACAGCUUACAGUCAAAGGCUGGAAGCUGGACAUUGUGCAGGGUUUGGAGGACAAAGUGGUAGCUGUCGGAGAGAAAGUUGAGUUCUGUGUAAAGGUUACUGAGCCUGUUCCUGCAACAGACGUGGCCUGGUAUGCUAACGGAGUUGAACUCAAACCCAGCGAUCUCUGGACUAUGAGGGUGGACGGCAGUACUUAUCACCUUCUCCUGAGACAGGCUCCGCUCAUGCCCCAGCAGGAAAUUACAUUCGCAGCCAGGGAUGCUCUCUCUUUGGCCAAACUCACCAUCAUCACUGUGCCUGAUCCUCCAGAGGAUCCAGAAGUCCUCUCUAAAACUACAGAGUCUGUGACUCUCUCCUGGUUUACUCCUCUUCACGAUGGAGGGAGUCCUAUCAUAGGUUACAGGGUGGAAAUGCGACUGGUGGACAGUGCCCUUUGGCUUCCAUGUCAUUCUGAGCCUGUUUGCAACACUGAAUUUGUAGUGGAAAAUCUGGUGCCUGGGAGUGGCUACAGGUUCAGAGUGGCAGCAAUUAACAAAGCUGGAACUGGAGAGCCCGUUGAGCUUCCUCUGACAGUGCAGCUUGAUGCAAAACAGGCAGCAGUAAUGGAACAGCCCAGUCUGCCUCCUGAGGCUGCUGAGGAAGGGGAGCUUCAUGACCUGUGGGACGCCUCGGCAAAGAAACGGCGCAUGAGCAGAGAGCCCACAUUAGACUCCAUCUCAGAACAACCUGAGGAGAAUGGUAGAGGGGGCAAAAAACAACAGAAAGAGUCUGUGUCUGGAGAAAAGGUUGAAAUCAGGGCAACUGAGAGGGAACACGAUGCUGUGUCCAAGAAACAGACAGAAACUGUCAAAUCCAUCAGUUCUGAAGAAGAGAUUGUUACUGGAGGCUCCUCACUUGUGUCUUACCUCAAAAAGAGCAGCAAGACUGAAUCAACAGAAACCAAAGAGGCAGAGAGUCUUACAGCCGAGAAGUUCUUCGCACAUUUCCAAAUGGUAGAGCAAAAAACGGUGCAGCAGACUGAAACAAAAGCCACAAUAAUACAGAAAGCAGAAGAAAUACAGCUUUCUUCUCAUGAGGCCGGCAUCAUGGAGAUCACAAAAGAGGAGGAACCCGGGCUUACCGAUGCUGCCAUCAAGAUACAAGCCGCCUUCAAGGGUUACAAGGCUCGCAAGGACAUGCGGCCCAUCUUCAAAGAGGUCUUUAAGGACCAAACUAAAGAACCGAAUGACACCAUACAUCUUGAAUGCGUGACAGAAGGUAAACCAGAUAAGGUAAGCUGGAUGAAGGACGGAGAAUUACUGCUGGAUGGAAAACAUCAUCAUAUAGAUAUCUACAAUGAUGGCACCUGCUCUCUAGUCAUUACUGCCAUCACCACAAAAGAUACUGGUGUUUACACCUGUGAGGUCACCAACAAGUUUGGAGUAACAUCUCACAGUGCUAAGGUGACUGUAGGAACAGUAAGGGAAUCAUCGGGCCGCCGACCCCUCACCAUAGGUUACAGUGCCGACAGUGAGCCUGAGAGUUCCUCUGGUAGCGAGAUGGAUGAGUCACUGCGACAGGCAAGUAAACGCCUGAGGCGCCUUCUCCGCACUCGCCUCCCACCUGACGUUGAGGAAGAACCCUUUAUCAGCGCAGAUGAAGGGGACAUGCGUCCCCCAGACCCUCACUCUUACCGUGAGGAUGAAAAUUACAUCUACAUUCGCUUUGAAACCCGAGCAGAUGCUGAGGUAGCCUCUAAGAGAUUCCAGGAGAUGUUCACUGUCCAUGGGGUGCCUGUAGAGACUGCCAUCAUAACAGCUGGUCUUCACAAAGUAGAGCUGCGAAUUAAAAAGAUGGGCUACAUCCAGGAUGGUACACAGACCCCGACACAAGAUAGGCAACCUCCUGCUUUACUGACUGGAGCUCCAGCUGCCCCAGUGUUUCUGACUGAGCUGCAAAGUCAGGAUGUUCCUGAUGGCUAUCCCGUCAGCUUUGAUUGCGUUGUAAUCGGCAAGCCCCCUCCCACUGUUCGAUGGUAUAAGGAUGGCAAGCUACUGGAGGAAAAUGAUCAUUACAUGAUCAACGAGGACCAAGAGGGUUGCCACCAGCUCAUCAUCACAUCUGUGUUGCCAACUGACAUGGGAGUUUAUCGUUGCACAGCCGAAAACAGCAGUGGGAUUGCUGCCACUAAAGCUGAACUCAGAGUUGACAUGUCGUGCAGCUCAGAUUAUGACACUGCUGCAGAUGCCACUGAGACCUCCUCUUAUGUCAGUGCCAAAGGCUAUGUGUCAAGUAGAGAAACUGAAACCUUCGAAUCUGUAAGUGAAGACGAUCAGCUGCCACAGGUUGUAGAUGAACUUCACGAUGUUCACGUCAGUCCAGGUUCACCUAUUGCUAAAUUGCAACUCAAAGUUAAAGGGUUCCCUACACCUAAAGUAUACUGGUUCAAAGACAGCCAGCCUCUCCGACCAUCAAAAAGGAUUCAGCUGUCAGCAAGGAGAGAUGUUCAUGCAGUGGAGAUCUUUGAAGUGAAGAGAGAAGACAUGGGGGAGUAUUCUGCUUACAUAAGCAAUGCAGCUGGCUCUGCGUACUCCUCUGCCCGUUUGAUAGUACUGAGUCCAGGGGAGAUUUUACCACCUGAUAAAAAAGACGCCAAGGAGCCACUGGUGCCACCCCGCUUCCUUGAGAGGUUCAGCAACAGAAAGGUGAAACAAGGUGCAAGCAUCACUCUCUCUGUCAAGGUAGAAGGAUCUCCUACUCCCACAGUCUCCUGGCUGAGGGAGAAAUCAUCAGAGGAUGUUUUGUGGAUUAAACCUGAUACUAAAGGAUACAAAAUAGCAAGCUCUGGUCGCCAGCACAGCCUUAUAUUGAUGGAUGUACACCAGGAGCAUUCCGGGACCUACACGUGUAUUGCAACAAAUAGAGCAGGGCAGUCGCUCUGUAACUGUCAGCUCCAGGUGGAUGAUGCACCGCAACUAAAGAAAGAUACUGCAGCUUCAGAGGUCCUUGGGAUUACUGUUAGUCCCCCGGAAGAUGAGGCUGGCAGAGGCAGUGAACGUAAAAUACCCUACUUAGGGGAAGUUGGCUCGGAGGAAUUUCUCAUGAAACUCACUUCUCAGAUCACUGAAAUGGUUUCAGCAAAGAUCACCCAAGACAGUUUACAGAAUCACGAAGUGCUCCAGUGGAUGAAAUCUUGGCCCAAAUCUGCCACUUCGUUACGAGUACCAGGUGCCGACAGUGACGAUGAGACCAAAACUCCUUCUCCAUCACCCCAUCAUGGCCGCUCUCGACCUCCUUCCCUCAUUGCAGACUCCUCCUCAGAGUCAGAUGAAGGAGACGCCAGAGGAGAGAUGUUUGACAUUUAUGUGGCAUCAGCGGACUAUAACCCCACCAUUGCAAGUAAAGACUCAAUCUCUCUCAAAGAGGGACAGUAUGUGGAGGUUUUGGACUCGGCUCAUCCUCUUAAAUGGUUGGUUCGGACCAAACCGACCAAAACAACACCAUCACGACAAGGCUGGGUGUCCCCUGCCUACUUGGACAAAAAAAUCAAACUCUCAGCUGAUGCUGGAGAUCUUCCAGAAACAAGUGUGGAAGAGGUUUCUGAAGGGGAAUACAAGAGGAAGUUAUUUCAACUGAUGCAGGAUCUAAUCAAUGGAGAAUCACAGUUUGUGAGGGAGGUCGAAUUCUUCACAUCUCACCACCUCAAGCAAGCUGACAGUUCGGAUGCUCCACCUGAUGUCUGCAGCCAGAAAGAGACCAUCUUUAGGAACGUUGAUGACAUCAAGUCCUUCCAUUCCAAGACAUUCCUUCCUAGGUUACAAGACUGUGACACAGAUGAUGAUGUAGCUAUGUGCUUCCUGAAGAACAAGGAAGGGUUUGAACAGUACCUUCAGUAUCUUGUAGGACAGUGUCAAGCUGAAUCUGCUGUCAGUGACAAGACUGUCCAUCGAUUUUUCAAGGAAUAUACUGAGAAAGAGCAAGCAAAUGCAAACCCUGCAGAUCCCCCAGUUCGAAGUAUCAAUGGUUACCUGCAGCAACCACUGGAGAGGAUACAGAAGUACAAGGCCUUCCUUAAGGAUCUAAUUCGAAACAAGGCAAGAAAUGGGCAGAACUGCUGCCUCCUGGAAGAGGCAUACGCAAUGGUGUCUGCCCUUCCACAGCGCUCUGAGAAUACCCACCAUGUCUCUCUGAUUGAGAACUAUCCAGCUACCCUGGAAGUUCUUGGAGAGCCAAUCAGACAGGGACCUUUCCAAGUGUGGGAGGGAGCUCCUGGUAUUCGAACAUCUUCUAGGGGUCACCACCGUCACGUCUUCCUCUUUAGGAACUACUGUAUCAUCUGCAAACCCAAAAGGGACAGCAACACUGACACACAGGCAUAUGUUUUUAAGAACAUGAUGAAGCUGAAUAACAUCGAUGUGAAUGAAACGGUGGAAGGAGACGACCGUGCAUUUGAGAUCUGGCAUGAACGGGAGGACACUGUAAGAAAAUACACUUUACAGGCCCGAACGGUUACCAUCAAGAACUCCUGGUUGCGAGACCUCAGGGAACUGCAGCAGCGCUACACUAUGCCUGCAUGGAGUCCACCUGAUUUUGAAGAAAUUUUGGCAAACUGUACAGCAGAACUGGGUCAAACAGUUAAACUUGCUUGCAAAGUCACGGGGGUGCCCAAACCUGUAGUUACCUGGUACAAAGAUGGCCGUGUAGUAGAGGCAGAUCCUCAUCACAUCAUCAUAGAGGACCCUGACGGCUCUUGCACAUUGAUCCUGGAUAACAUGACAGCAGAUGAUUCUGGCCAGUACAUGUGCUUUGCAACAAGCCCAGCAGGCAAUGCAAGUACUCUUGGAAAAAUCACUGUUCAAGUGCCUCCUCGUUUUGUAAAUAAAUUAAGGAAUGCUCUUUUUGUUGCUGGAGAAGAUGCUCAGUUCACCUGUGUGAUUCAGAGUGCCCCCAACCCCAAAAUAAGGUGGUUCAAAGAUGGACGAUUAUUGACUGACCAGGAGAAGUAUCAAACCUACAGUGAACUCCGUAGCGGGGUUCUAGUUCUGAUUAUAAAAAACCUGACUGAGAGAGACCUUGGACACUACGAGUGUGAGCUGUCAAACCGCCUCGGCAGUGCCAAGUGUGCUGCUGAUUUAGUAGUUCCUUCUGCUGUGGCCCGUACUGGGGAACAGGGCAUCACCAUUGAAGUUACCGAACAGGAGACUAAACUACCGAAGAAGACCAUCAUCAUCGAGGAGACGAUUACCACUGUUGUGAAAAACCCACGCAUGAGGAGACACAGAUCUCCAGGCUUGAGUGUCACUGGAGCCCACCGUUCAGAAACUUCCACCCCUGAACUACCUGCAACCAGGCCAAGAAGGAUGCCGACCCAGAGAAAGACCACCAUCCCAACCCUCUAUGUCACUGAGCCCGAGGGGGCUGGAGCCAGGGCAGCAGAAAGCAAGCCCAGGUGGGUUGAAGUGGAGGAAGUCAUUGAGUAUAAGGUCAAUAAGUCUCCCAGACUGUCCAGAAGAAGAGGGAUCUCACCUGCAGGCUCAGAUCGUGCAGCAACCCCCUCCCGUCCCAAGAGGUCUCCUCUGGACAACCUGAACGUUAACAACUCAAACAACAAGCUGGUGGAACAGAAACAGGAACAUCUUAAAGACGAGAUCAGCAGCCAGACCGUCUCCUGGGAGGAAGAGGAGCCUCAGACUGCCUCUGGCUCUGCAUCGAGAGAACCAUAUGAACUGCCAAACAUCGCAACGCUUGCUGAAGAUAUCGAUGACCUGGAUGAUCAACAAACUGUUAUCUUUGAACCGGAUGAUGAGGACAGUAAGAGGAAUGAACCAGUGGAUCUGAAACAAGGGGAUCGUAUUAUAAAUCUGGAGGACUUGGAGGAUUACAUCCCAGGAGAGGGAGAAACCUACGGCUCCUCCGACAGCUUACGCGUCUCUGACGAGAAGCCUUGUGAGGUCUCUGUCCUCCAGAGGGAGAUCGGGGGGUCCCAAGUAGGACAGCCGGUGCUUCUCCAUGUGGGGCGGCCGGAAGUUUUUCCAAGGCAGAGAAGGGGCCUCUUCGGCCGCUUCAGGGAGCAUCUAUCAAGCGGUCUUUUUCCAUCUGUCUCCCCACAAACCAGCGGGGCUCGAACCAGGAUGGAGAGACAAGUCCCAAUCCAAGUGAGCCACGCCAAGCUGGAGGUGCAGCCCUCUUACUGCACUGAGGUACAGAGAGUGGAGGGCGGGCAGCAGAGCUUUAAAACUAAGGUGUCCACCCAAACCUACGGUUACACAUCAGUCGGAAAGCCUGUCACUCUCCAAAUUAAAGAGAAACCCUUUCAAAACCAAUAAACAACUUUUAAUUCGCAACACAAAUCAUUAGUCUUAAAUGGAUUCAUUUCUACUUACAUUAUUAAAAUAAUCUAAAAAAAUAUAUCUGCUACAUAAAAAAAAGCAACCAUUCCAUAUUGAAGCAGCCAGUCAGAAAAUAGUCUGAUCCUCAGUUGUUUUUGUGGGAUUCAGCGUUUUCUAUAGGCUAGGGAAUGUGGAAACUGUAAACUGUAGAGAUAAACAUGUCACUGUAAGCAGGUUUCAGCUCUGUCUGUAUUUUUUGUGAUGUGUGACAUGCAGCAUGAAUAAAGUGGACAGAGCUCUAUGAAGAAACCUUUUGUCGUUCAUCAGUUUGAUGGUCGUUUUCAUAGAUGUGCCACCAUGAAAAUCAUCAUCUCUGCAAAAGGAACUUAUCCAAGCAGUAAAAUGACUAUCACAGCUCUUUUUUUCUUGCAGAAACUUUCUUGAAUUUUUGAAGGAGAAAGUAUGUAUAACAUGGCAUAGACUUUGGCUUUCUGUAUUACUGUUAGGUUAAACCAGUGGUGUGCCAUUAAAUUCUAGAAACUUUUGCCUUGAUGUAUGAAUGAUUCCUUGGUAAGCAGUAGUAACACUGGAGUGCACUACAACCUGUUUUGCACUACAAGUACACUUUACCUGAACCAUAAGUCCCCCCAUACUCUAGCAUUAGCUCUCGUUUUACCACGCUUCUUAGCCCUUUUCCUGCCUUUUUAAUGAUUUGCAGUUGCAUGCAAACUCACAGGGGAGUUUUGUGUGUCAGUGACAUAUUUACACGAGUGACUGCAUGUAUUUGCUUUCUACAGCAAAUGUGUUCAACAGAAUCAUCUUGUAUGUAAGUGAAAAUGUUAAAUUCAAGGACUUUACUACGUUCUUUACAAAUGUUGCAGUGCUUGUGUUGGUAUAAGGUACCAUGUAAUUGGUAUGGACUAUGUAUGCUGUUAUAUUAUGGCUCCGACGGAUUAUUGUUUGAAAUGUUCAUGUGUAGUUUUCGAGAGGAAAAUUAGGUUGAGCACAGUGUUAAAUAAAUGUACAGAAAAC